GCCAUGGUCACUCCAAAGGGUCCUGAAGGGUGUCCCAUCGCGGUGGGGUCGGAAGUGAGGUUGAUCAGCAGUCUAUCAAAGGCCAUGCGACUUUGCUUGGGCCAAGGAGGAUGGGUUCCACAAAUGGAAGCGACCCUUGGAAAGGUGGGUGUAGUGAUGGAAGUGCUUCCUUCCGGCAAUCUCCGAAUCCAAUGCGGUGGCUCCUUGCGACCCUAUAUCUAUCCUCCAGCUCUGAUUGCUGAGCACCUGAAUGCUCCGAGACCACCACUUUUUGUGCUGGACCUACAUCCUCACAGCAUCGUCCGUUUAGAUACCGCUGGGCAAUGUGCAGUCUGCCGGCGUUCCUUUGAAGGGACCAAGGUGUCUGAAGAUGGAGACCAGGACUCAGACGCAUUGGAUACAUCUGCCCUGGCAGCCUUUCUGACUGGGCCCAAAGGUGAUAAGAUUGGAGGAUUUGGAUGUAAAGCCUGUGAGUUCUACCUCUGUAGCAUUUGCAGUCAGCCAUACCAAGUGUCUGCGCGGCGCCGUGACAACAGCAACCCUCAGAAGGUGGCAGAAGCAUCGUUGCGUUUGGGGGCUAUGUGCAAACUGCACCAUGGCAACAAAUGGCACAGUGCUGUUGUCUUGGAAACCUUGCGCGACUCCAAAGUCCGGGUUCACGUACCCAUGGAGGAGGUACCGGAUCAAGAGUUGGAAGUGACUUCCAGCAAGCUAAAACCUGCCCGCACGGAGGCCUUUGAGCUCUUUCGACAUCCCUGCUAUCCUGAAGGCCUGCACCGUGUGUGUUUCCCGGACGGUCUGCGCGGCACACUCUUUGGGGAGCCCGUGCGCUGCUCUUCUGAUGAGUGCAUGCCUGGAGGAUGCCGCGCCAAGCCAUCCGAGGACUCACGGCGCAUUGCAUACUUUUGUCCCCGGACGGCCUUUCUCCUUUGCGAAAAGUGCUCGGAGGUGUCUGACCUGGGACAAGUAACUGCCGAGACGUGCCAAGAAGAUCUGGAGAAGCUGAAAGACACAGAUGCGGAAUGUUGUGCGGUAGCUGCGAAGAGGAUCCUCAGCCUGUGCAGUAAAUCGCAGCAGGCUAGACUCCUCUUUCUGGAAGCUGGCAUUUGCGGCGUGAUCGCUGAUGCCACCGCAGCGAUUGAUACCUUCGGGCCGGAGCAGGAUCUCCCGCAGAGCCAAGCCUUGUUGAAGCUCCUGACCUGCUUGGCGGAAUGGCUGUACCUGGCGCCUCGAAAGCCAAAACCUGAACACCGCGUCUUGGUGAACGUGCCGGAAAAUGCCGAUGCUUUCUCCAGCGCUGCUCAUUUGUACGAGCUCUUCACUGGACGGCGACAAAAAGAACCUGGUGAAGAGGAUGAUGACUGGCAAGAGGCAGUGAUUGUGAAUGUGAAUGGCGAACAAGAGGCCAACUCUGUUCAAGUGCAGCUGGUGCGUGGCGGCAACCGCAUCAGCGUCUCUCAGGAUCGACUCACCACCUUCACCCUGCCAGAAGCACUUCCAGCCUGUGUGCCGUUGCCAAAAAGAGCCAACCUGCCGUCUCCUAUCAUCCUGACACAGGAUUGGCUCAUGAAGCAUGCCCUGCCUCGGAACGACCUUUUCUUGGCCAAGAGGGUCCUCAUGGAUCGUGCGGAUUUGACCGCCGUGGAUCGACAGGGCAACGGCGUCCUGGCGGUGGCGGUGGAACAUCAAUGCUCCCAGGAGAUGGUGAAGUUGUUGUUGGAACAGGGCUGUCCUAGGUCCUCCAAGGGGAACUUGGGACCUCCCCUGGCCAUCGCUGCAAGAUGUGGGCGAUUGGAGGUGGUUCGAGUCCUCCUGGACUAUGGUUGCGAUCCCUUGGAGAUUGAAGUGUCGAAGCAUAAGCUGCCAGAGGCUGCGAAAAGUUUGUUGGGCUACUUGGUGCCCAAAGACGACGCAGUGCUGCAGAAGGGCUUGCCCUUGCGGCGGCUGCGACGCACAUUGGCGGUGACGUUGUUGCCCUUGGCUCGAAAGAUGUUACCCUCCAGCCAUUCAGGACAGAGAAAUCUGGAUUCCCAGCUCGUACAGGUGUUGGUUCUGGGCUGUGAACAUGCAGCUCCACUGCCGGACGAUUCACUUGAGAGCUUGGUGCAGCUUUGCCGCAGCCUGCUGAUGUCGUUCGACUCAUCUUCCAUGGAUUUGGGUCUUCGCUUGGCAAACAGCUUGUGCGAGGCUGGACCAGCAGCAGAAAAGCUGCGCAGACAUGGCAUCUUUAAAAUGCUUCCAUGCUUGGCGGCCACACCAGAGCUGUUGCACCAGCCGCCCAGACCGCAGCAUAUCCGACUGGCCGCAGAGAAUAUCUUGUGGAAGUGGUCUGAGCUGAUCUCUCAACCAGAGCCCCGGCCGGGACCCAUCUCGGCCGGUGCCCUGGAAGCCUUGACGCCCAGCGAACUGAUUCGUUUGGAGGUGCCACAGAAGCUGCUGAGAGAGAGGAACUUCAAAAUGUCCAAGGAAUGGGCAGCUAUGCUCCUGCAGGUUGUUGAGGAGGAGGAGAAGUUCUCAGUACACGUGUAUCGUGAGCGCCAGGACGUGAGUCUGCGAGUGCUCACGGAACCCUUCUGCCUCUUCUGCGCUUCACCAGAAUCAGCAUCCACCGAGGGUCCAAAGGAUUUGGUGCAUGGAGGAAAUUAUGUGGUUCAAGCUGAGCCCUUGGUGAAGAUGGGCAACUUGACCCGUCUGCUGCUUGUGGCUGGUGGUUUUCUGGCAAGCGAGGAGUACCUGAGGUUCUGCUUGCGCCUUAUUGGCCACAAGCUCUUCCAGGCAGAUACUGAGUAUUUCGUGGAAGGUGUUGUGGUCCUGCCGCAGAUUGGCAUCCCAGUGCACCUCCUCUCAGCCUCCAAGGGCACCAGCGACAAUUCUCCCGAACCUCAUGUUCUGGCACUGGGCGAUUGGCAUUUUGAGGCCAGUCAUAGUGACACUUCCAUCGAGCGAAACGAGGACGUGGCCCAGAGCUUGGUGAAUGACUACAAGGUGACCCAACUGAAGGAGGUGGAAGGGCCCAAGCCCUUGCCCUUGGAUCCGGACGAGGAGGAGCUUUACAUGCAACUGCUGCAUGUGGAAGCCAAGGCAGAUGUGCGGAAAAGCCUGGUCAAGUUGUGCGAACAGUGCUGUGUCGCAGUGGUUUCCACGGAGGACAACGAAAUCGUGGAUGCCAUCGCACAGUCGGUAGAUGGCCUCCUGAUUCAAGAGGCUGCGAUACCGCUGUUGAAACACUUCGGAUGGCAGCAACGAGAUAUGGAGGAACAAGAGGACGCAUCGUUUACCUUGUGGGAUCCUCCUGACGUGGCACCGGUGCUCAACAGUUUCUUCCACUUGACCAUCCAGCCGCCCCCGUCCAAUCCACCUGGGCCCAGCGAUCCAGUUUGGUCUGUGAUUAUUUGGUUUGAUGCUGAGUUGCCCUUCGAAUUGGUCUGGCAAUCCGUGGAGCUGGAGGUGAAGAACGCCUUCACCAGCGUCUCCAACAAAUGGACCGAGAUCGGCUGGCCCAAUGGAGAGCAAGAAAUGUUGGAAGCGGUUCACAAGGCUGUUGCAGCAAAUGGUGAAGCAGCAGUGGCCCGAGGGCUCACACAUAGCUCCGCCACACGGAUCGCUGAUCGACUGAUGUCAGCUGUGGCCUGCAGGGUGGUGGCUGAACCAGAGUUGGCCAGUCAAGUGCAAGGAGGAAGCGCUCAGGGAAGUAAGGGUGUGAAAACCGGCCUUCGAGAUUUGGUGGAGAUCAGGAUGGAUGAGGCCUGGAUCCCUGCAGUCUUCGUCCAAGAGCCACCGGCGCCACCUCUGUACGUCUGCCUUUCCACCGGCGCCUUGGCUACGGGCAAGCACAGGACCAUGGUUGGCUUUGAAGGGCCUCGGCUCUAUCCGGUGCCUCCAGUGGAAGCGCAAGUGCAGACACGUGCAGACCUGCAAUCCUUGGAGCGAGGUGCCGAGUCUUCCCGCAUCACCCGGAGAUUCAAUGUGGAUGCGGAUUGCCCAGCUCCACCGAAUGAGAGCAGCCUGACGACCCCUCCUGGGGUACCACUUCCUAAGCCGACACUGGCAUACAGCCUGGGUGGUAGCAGUUCAAGCACAUCGCCAAGCGUCAGCCUGUUGCGUGGAAAGGACGCGCGGGUGGACGGCUUCUCGUGGGUGUCCACCUCUUGGACCACCGUGGGGCUGCCUCAACUGAGCAGCAGUGGCAAGGUUUACUACGAACUCCACAUCCAGUCCCAUGACACGCCACAAGUAGGCUGGGCCUCGGAGAAGUUUCGCUUCUUCGGAGAUACCUGGCUCUACGGUGUGGGCGAUGACCUGGAAAGCUGGGGUGUGGAUGGUGGGAGACAAAAGAUUUGGCACGGUGGCGAGGCUGGAAGUUUUCCAUCCACGUGGCCGAAGGAGGUGGUGGUGGGCUGCGCCGCAGAUCUCCCCUCGGGGAUUCUGCAGUUCAGCACCAACGGUGUUUGGAUCAAACCGGAAACAUUCUCCGGAGUACAAUGCGCCUCGUUGUACCCUGCCGUCUCCGGUCAAAUGACCGCCUCCUUCAAGCUUCGACCAGAGGAAUGGCAGUAUGGACCACCCGACGGCUCCUACAAGUCACCUGCGGCUUGUGCCCAGUGUCCACGUGCCUUACCAGCACCCGUGCGUUUUCCCGAUGACUGGGUUCUGGCGAAGGGGUUGCAACACCUGGCGGAGCGGCAAAAGGUGGAUUUGCUCACCACGCUUCAAAUAUCAUGCACCGUGGUCUUGCCCUCCGUUGAAGACCUCACUCUGGAGGGUGUGAAGCCUGAAAGGUCCAAGGUGGCCGUAACAGACGCCUCGGAUGAACUCUUUGGCUUCGUCCUGGAUGCGGACGGGCAACCCCGGUCCAGCGAAGAGUGGGUGGAAGAGACGUUGGAUUCCCUCGGCCUCACCGUGAGCAGCGCUGCCGGGGCAGCGUUACGCCUGCUCUGGCAAACGGAUGCAGAUGUGCAGUCGCCACGGCUCUCUGCCAAGCUGGAAGACCUUUGUUCGCAUCAGGUGACUCUGGUGAGCGACAGCAUGCCAUCGUGGGUACUUCGGCUUGGUACAAUGAUGCCUCGCCUCUUUGAUCGACAUUGUCGCGAAGUGCUGCUGAGGUCUUCAGCCUUUGGCUUGCCCUUUGCGGUGCACGACCGCCAGACCCGCGAGGUGAAUCGCCGUUAUAGCGAGGUCAUGAAGGCGGCAGAAGGUCGCGUGGCUCAAGCGAAGAAUAUGGGAGAUCAACGAGCUCUGUCACAAGCUUAUGAGCACCUCUUUGAGCUCACCAAGCAGAUUUCGCAAGAUCCAGAGGUUUGGAUUGGCUCUUUGACAUCUGAGUUGGCCAAAGUGGACAGGGAGCGCAUUUGGGAUCAAGCCGCGGCGCUGGCUGAGUGCUGCCUGUCGUCUUCUGGUGUGGUCGAGAUCCAGUUCAAGGAUGAGACAGGCUUCGGCCGCGGCGUCACGCAAGGUUUCUUCAGUGACGUGGCCAAAGAGCUCCAGCGCUCCUCCAACAACAGCGACGUCCCGAUGUGGGCCCAGUGCUUGGAAUCGGAGGGCGAAUUUUUGCGGAGUCGUCGCGGCCUGAUCGUGCAGCCGUUGGCCGGCGACGACCCGCGGCUUCCCGAAGUCAUGGCGCGUUUCCGGGCCCUUGGUCGUCUCUUGGCCAUUGCCUUGCGAGAGUCCUUUGUGGUGCCCCUCCCAUUGGCAGCCACAGUACUGUGUCAGCUGCGUGGAGAAAAGGUGGCUUCAGAGCAUUUGCCGCAACCGGGUGACGGCUUGGCCGGCGAAUUCGUGGGCGCCUGUGCCUCAUUCGCGUCCGACCUCAAGGAUUUGAGCCAGGAUGAGAGGCGAAUGCUGGCAGAGGAUUCAGCCUGGAGUGGUCGGUACUUGGCCUCUGAGACCAGUGGCAGCUUUAAUGAUUGGACCAGCAAUGCGGAGUUUGUGGCCACCGGCUUCAGUGGCCCAUCCCUUCCCUCGUCCUCCCAGGCGAACCCCACGGAACUGCGUGCGGUGACGUUGGACAGUUUGGACGACUUUGUGGAGGCCGCUACAGCCUUCUGGCUGCACACCGGUGUUCGAGAACAGAUUCGAUCUUUGAGACGUGGCUUACAUGACGUCUUGGGGGCUCGUGCUGGAGCCCUUUGGUUGUUUUCACCCUUAGAGCUGCGAGAACUGUUUUGCGGCGAGGAGUCCGUCUCUUGGAGCAGCCAGGACUUGUAUGACCACUUGCAUGCUGCCGGUGGUUUCUCUCGUGAUGACGAUGUCAUGAUCUGGCUCCGAGACGAACUUCUCGAAAUGUCACAGGGACUGCGCGCGCGAUUCCUGGACUUUGCAACUUCGUGCCCAAGACUGCCACCAGGAGGCUUAGCCAGUCUGAAAUUGACGGCUUCUCCCGGUGCAGGACGUUUCCCUCGCUCGCGCGCCUGCGCGAACCAGCUGUAUUUGCCCAAGUAUGAGACUCGAGAGGAGCUCCAUGAAAAGCUGACAGAAGCCUUGUUGGCUUGUGAGGGCCACCAUGAUGCCGAUCAUUAAGCGGCGACGGAGCUGCGUCUCUGAAGAUACUACGUAUCCAC